AUGCUCCUUUCCAUCGCUGACUUAGAUCUCAGUUUGGGUGGCAUGGCAUUAAAGCUUGGAUGGGUGACAGGAUCAGAUGCACGCACUAGAAGAGCUCUGGUUUUACAUAAAGGGAAGAAGGACAGGCAAGUCAGAGGCAGGAGGCCAGCCAGUGGGUUCUGUGGUGAGAACUGCUUGCUUGGUGGCCUGUUAGCUGUCCUCACUCUUGCACUUGGCACUCUUCCUGGCUCCUUCCCUCACUACUUAACAUCUGGAACUCUCUUGGCUCAGUCACUCAGGCCUAUUGUCUUUCUUCACCUCAGGUUUGGUCUCCCCGGCUCCAGUUUCUGGGAAGACAAGAAUAGCAACCAUGCUCAGGCCUCAGCUCUUGACCACACGGGACCUGAGAGAGGAGGACAUGGUGGAGGUGACUGGAAUGUCUUUGCUGGCUGCCGUCCACUCACGACUUCUCCAAGAACCCAAGGGAAAGGUGAAUGUCAGCCUCCCAUGGCUGGCAUUUCCCUUUGGGAACCUGAAACUCCAGAGCCCACCCUGCCUCCACGGAUAUGCUACCAGACCAGUAAUCCGGUAACCGGAGGGCGAGUCACGUGGAACUGCACCCAGAACUACACUGCAUCCAGCCUCACCAAGGCCAGCCCGGGUACCUUCUUUUGGUGCAAUGGCACCUUAAGUAACUGCGUGAACUUCUCUGACCCCGGGCCUUGCUUCGUGGUCACAGUAGUUCCCCAAUUAACCUUGUAUGGAGAGUCGGAGCUCGCCUGGUUGCUCCCUCCAUCCCACCCCGGACCCGCCAGGCCGCCUUCCUCCCUGUCAUGUUAGGGGUGAGUAUCGCUGCCUCGGUAGGCCUCACUGGGGGGCCCUCGGGAACAGUCUGGUCACUGCUCAGUACUUUAGUGACAAGCUCCAGUUAGCCCUGGAGUCUUCUACCGCCUCUUUUAGCCUCCCUACAGCGGCAAAUGACAUCAGUAGCCCAAGUAGCCCUGCAGAACCAGCUCGUCUCAGACCUUCUGACUGCAGAAAAAGGAGGAACUGGCAUAUUCCUUCAGGAAGAAUGCUGCUACUACAUCAACGAGUCCGGAGUAGCGGAGCAAAAUGUACAGACCCUGACUAAGCUGAGUGAAGAACUACAUGCAGGACACUUCCAGGACAGCUCUCCUUCCGGCGGGUUCCAAAACCCCUAGCUACCUGGGUCCUACCCAUGGUAGGGCCCCUGAUUCUCAUCUGUGUCUUCUUUCUCCUAGCCCCCUGCCUCCUCAAGUUCAUCUGCUCCCCGGAUCGCAGAGAUGUCAUGGGUGACUGUGGAUCAGCUCCUGCUCCAUCCCUAUGCUCGGCUGCCCUCCGAUCUGCCUCUGCCUAACCCUGGCCUUUAAAUGCCCCCCUUGUCGCCCUUAGCCAGCUGGAAGCAGUCAGAACGAGUUGCCGUUCCUUAUCACCAAAAGGCCGGGAUGUUAGGUCGGAGAGAGCCCAGGAUCGGAUACAUGCAGACAUGUGACGAGACAAUGGACUCUACCUGGCAUUUCUAACAGAUCAGUGUGCCAGACACAGAUACAGGCU